CUGGAGUCGUGGAAGAGGUGGAAUGAAGGCAGAAUGGUGUGGUGUGAGAAAGGGGUCCAGGUUCUUAUGACCACGGUGGGAGCAUUUGCUGCAUUUGGGCUCAUGACAAUCGCAAUAGGAACAGAUUACUGGCUAUAUGCCAGGGGCUUCAUCUGCAAUACCACUAACAUAUCAAGUGAGGACCCACUGCAGAAAGAUAAGAAAGACCCUGGAGGGCUAACCCAUUCUGGUCUAUGGAGAAUUUGUUGUUUGGAAGGACAAAGAAGAGGAAUAUGUGUAAACAUAAAUCACUUCCCUGAAGACACAGAUUAUGAUCAUGACAGUGCCGAAUAUCUUCUGCGUGUGGUUCGUGCCUCAAGCAUCUUCCCUAUCCUUAGUGCCAUGCUCCUGCUACUUGGGGGCCUUUGUGUUGCUGCCAGUCGUGUUUACAAAUCCAAGCGCAACAUCAUCCUAGGAGCUGGAAUUCUAUUUGUUGCUGCAGGAUUAAGCAACAUUAUUGGUGUAAUUGUUUACAUAUCUGCCAAUGCCGGAGAUCCUGGAACCAGGAGAGAUGAUGAGAAAAAGAGUCAUUAUUCAUAUGGUUGGUCCUUUUAUUUUGGUGGACUUUCUUUUAUCAUUGCUGAAAUGAUUGGGGUCCUUGCGGUCAACAUCUACAUUGAAAAGAACAGAGAGGCCCAUUGUAAAUCACGUACUGAGCUGAUCAAAAACCCCUCUGCCAUUCUUCGCUUACCAAGUUACCGAUUUCGAUACCGCCGACGUUCUAGAUCAAGUUCACGCUCCACUGAACCUUCUCAGUCGAGGGACACUUCUCCUGUGGGAGUCAAAGGGAUACCUUCAACUGACAUCUCCAUGUAUACCUUGUCAAGAGAUACCUCCAAGGCUAAUGUAAGCAGCUUAUAUAAUACAGAGCGUGGAGAUCACAGUUUUCUACAGCUUCACAACUGCUUCCCCAAGGAACCAGGGGUCACCGUCACCGUCACAGGACCAGCCUCAAACACUGGCACCCUGGGCAAGGAAGGUUCAAACACCAACACUCUAAACAGGAAAACCACACCUGUGUAGGUGUUUCCAAGCCUAAGGUCUUCUAAGUGAGCGCGUGUGAGUGAAUGUGCAAUGCGUGGGAUAGAAUGUACGUUUUAGGAUGGAGAUAGGAGCCAUUUUAUGCCAUGUAG